AAACAGAGCUGGCCCUCAUGUUCCCCAGUCUCAUAACGACCAAUCAGCCACCAGGUAAGAGAAUGAGUGGGAGAGCUAAUGGCUGGGGCUAGUGGCCAAGGACUUGAUCUGCAUAGGCAGACGACUUAGGAACUAGUAGAGAGAAAGGCAGACUAUAUAUUUUUUCUGGAAACUUUUUUUGCCUCUUAUUUUGUAUGCUUAUUACUACUUUGAUAUGAACUGUUACGAAUACAUUGGGCAGCAGUUAUCACUUUAGCAAUACUUAUUUCAGACAGUUUACUAUAAUUUACAAGAGAGAUGGGAGGGAACAAUGGAUAAAUAAUUUUAUAAAAUGUCCUAGAAAAAAGGAUGUAGCUAAUUUUCUUCCCAAUAGCUUUCAGUGCAUCUUUAUUACUCUGAACAACUGCUUAAGUGUAACCUCCGUCCAGGGCCACAGUGAUCCAGCAAUGUGUCUGUCUUAGUGCAGGGAUUGGGGAUUAGGUGGUAGGAGUUGAGGGUUCAUCUCUUUGUAGCUAUAAAUCUAUCCAGCUCUGUGUAAUCUAACCAGAUUAGAGGUCCUUUUAAUAGGCUGACAUAUGGCAAAGGGUAAACUGAUUGAGGGCAGCCUGGAGUUGCGUGUCUUUAGGGGUUUGCUCCUUGUCACUGGAGAAUUACUUAGAGUCGGACUUGAAUUAUUGUCCUGUUUACUUUUGGUGACAUUUAAAGUUUGAUUUAGAGUGUUUUGCUAUUAGUGAUUUGUUGCACUGUUCAAAUAUUGUUUGCGCUAAAUCUAUUUUGAACCAUUCAGUGUUGACUUCCCAUGGUUUACAGUUUCAAUUGUGAAUAUCUGAAUUCUUGUCUUGCUCAUUGCUCACCAUCCGUUCUCUUUUGUCCCCUCAGACCACCAUCAUGAAAUUCCUGGCUCUCGCACUCACCAUCCUGCUGGCCGCAGGUUAAUAUCCCAGCCUUGUCAUAGUGCCGCCAAAUUGAUAAUGUAGUAAUGACAUUUUAAUGCAUUGUGUGUGUACCAUGCUCUGGUAUGUUGAACAAUUCAAAAUGAAAUCUUACUCAAUUUGAUUAAAGUGCUGGGCCAUUCACCACUGUUACCCAACCAAUGCCUGACCCUCUCCCCUCUCUCUCCUCUCCCAGGUACCCAGGCUGUUCCCAUGCAGGCCGAUGCUCCCUCUCAGAUGGAGCAUGUGAAGGCAGCCAUAAUGGUGUACAUGACUCAGGUGAAGGAGACCGCACAGAGGUCCAUCGACCUUCUGGAUGACACAGAGUACAAAGAGUACAAGUAAGAACAUGUUGCAUUUCAUCUUCUCUAUCUUCAAUGGUGCCCAACCUCCACAGAUAACUAAAACUAUCUCUCUCUCUCUCUCUCUCUCUCUCUCUCUCUCUCUCUCUCUCUCUCUCUCUCUCUCUCUCUCUCUCUCUCUCUCUCUCUCUCUCUCUCUCUUCCUCCUCUUCUUGGUGUUCCUCUCAGGGUGGAGCUGUCCAAGAGCCUUGACAACCUCCAGCAGUAUUCCCAGACCGCCUCCCAGGCCCUUGCCCCCUACAGCGAGGCCUUCGGUGCGCAGUUGACUGAUGCCACCGCCGCUGUGCGCGCUGAGAUCAUGAAGGAUGUGGAGGAGCUGCGCACCCAGUUGGAGCCCAAGCGCGCCGAGCUCAAGGCAGUCCUGAACAAGCACAUGGAGGAGUACCGUGAGAAGCUGGAGCCCCUGAUCAAGGAGAUCGUCGACCAGCGCCGCACCGAGAUGGAGGCCUUCAGGAUCAAGUUGGAGCCUGUUGUGGAGGAGAUGCGCGCCAAGGUGUCCGCCAACGUGGAGGAGACCAAGGCCAAGCUCAUGCCCAUCGUGGAGACCAUCCGUGCCAAGAUGACCGAGCGUCUGGAGGAGCUGAGGACCCUGGCUGCCCCCUACGCUGAGGAGUACAAGGAGCAGAUGAUCAAAGCUGUUGGAGAGGUGCGCGAGAAGAUAGUGCCCCUGACUGUGGACUUCAAGGGCCAGAUGGGCCCCGCCGCCGAGCAGCUCAAGGAAAAGCUCAUGGCUUUCUACGAGACCAUCAGCCAGACAAUGAAGGCAUAAACACGCCCUCAACCAGACCCUCCCUCUCUCCCUUCCUUCCCUUCUCACUCACGCUGACUCACACACCAUAUGUACCACGCCAAUGCCAAACUGAUGCACUUCCUCUCCAGCGACAUGGCAGGACUCUUGCUCUCUGUAACGCACCACAACAUGCGCUCAAGCACACACAAGCGCAGACACUAACACACUAUUGCAUACAUUCCGUUUUGAAUUGUGUUCAGGGCCUGUAUGCACAAUCCUGGGCCUGCACAAUCUUGACUGUACUAUGAACAUCAAGUGUGAAUAUUAUUGUGUUGCUGCUUGUUCAAGAUAGCUGUGUGCUUCAAAACAGCUCAAUAAACACCAUACUGUUUCAUACUA